AUGCUGGAGGGUCCGGGUACCGCCGGCGGGGAGGGGGAUGGGGAGGGGGAUGGAGAGGGGCCCCCGUCCCCCCGGGAGGUCCUGCAGGCCUUGUGCCACGAGCUGAAGCUGGACAACAGCCGCGCGGCCGAAGCCGUGGAGGACUUCACCGCCAUCCGGGCCACCUACAGUCUGGAGGGAGAUGUCGUGCACUGGCUGGCGUGUGCUUUGUAUGUGGCGUGUCACAAAAGCGUCCUACCCACGGCGGGGAAGGGCGGCAUGGAAAAGAACUGCGUGUCGCUGACCAGGAUCCUCCGCUCCGCGAAACUCAGCCUGAUCCAGUUUUUUAAUAAAAUGAAGACGUGGAUGGACAUGUCCAACCUGCCUCAGGAAUUCCGCGAACGCAUGGGAAGGCUGGAGAGGAACUUCGAGGUGUCCACUGUGAUUUUCAAGAAAUUCGAGCCCAUUUUUCGGGACGUCUUUCAAAACCCGUACGAAGGACCCCGCAGGGUGCUGAGAAGCAAGAGGCAGAGACCGACCCCUGGCACUGCCGGCGAUCUCUUUAAUUUCUGCUGGACUCUGUUCGUGUACACCAAGGGCCACUUUCGUAGGAUUGGGGAUGACUUAGUCAACUCCUACCAUUUACUCCUCUGCUGCCUGGAUCUGACGUACGCCCUCGCCAUCUCGUGCUCCAACAGGCGGGAUCUGCUCAACCCCUCCUUCCGAGGCCUGCCCCCCAACUUCCACAGCACGAAGUUCAAGGCCCCUGCCAAGCCCCCCUGCGUCAUCGCCACCCUCUGCACCCUCCACGACGGGCUUCUGGUCGAGGCAAAGAGCAUCAAGGAGUACUACUUCAAGGCAUACAUGACCAAACUCUUCCGCAGGAAGAUUCUGAAAGGAGACCGCAUCCCGGAUCCCUCCAGCUUUGCAGAGAACAGCCAGGCGAUCAACAAAGCGUACGAAGAGUACGUGCUCACCAUCGGCGACUUCGACGAGAGGGUUUUCCUGGGAGCGGACGCCGAAGAGGAGAUCGGAGCCCCGGGUUGGCUGCCCAGGGAGCCGCCCACAGGCAGGCCGGGCGCCCGGGCUCACGGGGAGUGUCACUUCGAGCAGCAUUUCGAGAAGAAAGGAUGUCUCGCCCCCUCCACCCCGCUGACGGGCAGGCGCUACCUGCGAGGGAAGGAGGCGGCCAGCACACCCGUCGCUUCCGCGACGCAGAGCGUCAGCAAGCUGCAGGGCAUCGUGGCCGGCCUGAGGAACUCCCCCAGCGAGCAGCUUCUGAGCAUUUUUGAAUCCUGCUCCCGCAACCCCUUGGAGCGCGUGGCGAGCACUGUCAGCGCCAUCAGAGAGACCUUCUGUCACUGCUACACCUUGUCCACCCAAGAGCAGCCCGGCUCCCACAUCGAUUUUGCCGUCAAUCGCUUCAAACUGGCGGAGGUCUUGUACUACAAAAUCUUGGAGUCCAUACUGGUGCAGGAAAUGCGGAGGCUUCACGGGAUGGACAUGUCGGGUCUCCUGGAGCAGGACGUUUUCCACCGCUCGCUGUUGGCCUGCUGCCUGGAAAUCGUGCUGUCGGCCUACAGCUCCCCGCGCACGUUUCCCUGGGUACUGGACACCCUCAACAUCAAUUCCUUCUAUUUCUAUAAGGUCAUCGAGGUCUUGAUCCGGUCGGAGGAAGGACUGUCCCGCGACAUGGUCAAACACUUGAACCGCAUCGAGGAGCAGAUCCUGGAGAGCUUGGCCUGGGCCCGGGACUCGGCCCUCUGGGACGGCCUCCGGGCUUCCGACCUCGGGCCCCCCACCUGUGAGGACGUCAUGAUCCCCGCGAAUUUCGAGGCAGGAAAUGGAGGCGGCGGCCCAGGACAUCGCCCUUUGAUCCUGAUGCCUCCCAUCAUGCACCCCCGCGUCAAAGAAGUGCAGAUUGAUAGCGGGAAUUUGAGGAGAGGUCUGCGGCACCUGUCCCCCAUCUCGGCCCACGAGCGCUUCAACUCUCCGGCCGCCGGCAGCGCAAAGAGGAGGCUGUUUGGCGAGGCCGGCUCUGGGGAGAGGGCCCAGGCCCCCGCCAAAGGGACCAAGUUGACCAUCGGCCCCGCGCCCGGAACUCUUUCCAAAACCCUGGCCGUGGUACCCAGGAAGACCGUCAUCACCGGGGCGACGGAGCCGGGCCCGGCCGGGCCGAAGAUGACCAUGCCAUUGCACGGUAUUUCCAACCUGCUACCCGAGUCCAGGAAUUCGUGCCCGCAGCCCCCGACGGGCAGCCCGGCCCCGCUCACGGCCCAGGCGUUGAUGGGAGCGUCCCCGAAACACGCCCAGGCCGCCACGGCGCCGGAAGCGGGAGGAAGAGGAGGCGGAGGAGGAGGCAAGCCGAGGAGAACGGGGUCUGUGGCCCUGUUCUUCAGGAAGGUCUACCACCUAGCCAGCGUCCGCCUGCGGGACUUGUGCCUGAAGCUGGACGUGUCCAACGACCUGCGGAGGAAGAUCUGGACCUGCUUUGAAUUCACGCUGGUUCACUGCACCGACCUCCUGCGGGACCGCCACUUAGAUCAGCUCCUGCUCUGCGCCUUUUACCUCAUGGCCAAGGUGACGAAAGAAGAAAGGACCUUUCAGGACAUCAUGAAGAACUACCGGAACCAACCCCAAGCCAAUAGCUACGUUUAUCGGAGCGUCCUCCUGAAGGCCGGGCCCGGAGGAGCCACCUCAGGCGACGGAAGCACCAGUCAGGACGUGGAAAUGGUCGACUGUGAAACAGAGUUCCAGAGCACCCCAGCCAUGGGCGAAGCCCUGGGUUCUCCCACGCCGCCGGGAAAGGAGGAGAGAGGGGACAUAAUCCAGUUUUACAACGCCGUCUACGUCAAGAGAGCGAAAUCCUUCGCCCUGAAGUACAAUGUGUUGCCGCAGGAUCCCACCGUGGAAGCCCCGCCGCUGUCGCCCUUCCCGACGGCGAAGCAGCAGGCUCAGCCAGUGUCCCCGCGGCGGGUUUCCCAGCAUCACUCGGUGUAUGUGUCCCCCCACAAGAGCAGGGCCUGCCUCACCCCCAGGACCGCCCUGUUGUACCAGUUCCAGAAGAGCCCUUCCAAGAGCCUGAAGGAUAUUAACAACAUGAUCCAGCGAGGCGAGCCGAGGAGCAAGAAGCGAGCGCUCAGCAUCGACGGCGAGGCCGAUCGGUCCGCCAAGCGCCUCUGCCAGGAGAACGACGACGUGCUGCUGAAGCGCCUGCAGGACGUGGUCAGCGAGCGGGCUAACCACUGACCCGCCCUCCCCGUCGGGUUCCCCCUCAACCCGGUCGGGCCACCCGGACCACUCCGCACUGAUGCCCUCCCGCCGCGGGAGGUUGGCCUCCCCGGAGUCAGGCCGCCGCGGCCGGGCCCAUUAAGUGUCUUCCUUAAUUCGGGCUCUGGAGGGGAGGGAAAAAAAACCUGAGUGCGCCGGCUCUCGUCCCUCCCGGAUAUCCGUCUGCCUUGGCGGACGGGAGAAAGACGGAACCGGGAAGUCGCCCAGUCCAUCGGUGGUAUUUUUUGAGCGC